AUGAUUGAUCAGGGUGGCAAUCGAGAAUGGCCGAGAAUCGGAGCAUAUGUAGAAUCUGUGAAGUGUAAUGGAAUAGUCUAUAUGAUUGAUCGGGGUGGCGGCCGAGGAUCAGCAAUCGAGAAUGGCCGAGGAUCGGCAAUCGAGAAUGGCCGAGGAUCUGCAAUCGAGAAUGGCCGAGGAUCUGCAAUCGAGAAUGGCCGAGGAUCUGCAAUCGAGAAUGGCCGAGGAUCCGAGUGUAUGUGA